AUGAUUCUCUUCGCCCUCUUCGCCAUGGCCGCGGCCAAGCCCACCCCCGGUUUCCUCGGGGGCUUUGGAGGCUAUGGUGGAUACGCCGCACCUGCUCUGAGCAUCGCUCACCAACCGGCCCUCACAAUCGCUCAACCAGCCAUUUCCGUCGCCCACGCUCCAAUCAUCCAGGCCGCGCCCGUUGUACACGCACCAGUUGCUGUUGCCCACGCUCCAGCAGCCACCAGCUACUCCUCCUUCCAGAGGGUGAUCCACCCAGCCACUCAGGUAGUCCACGCCGCGCCAGUGGCCGUCGCCCAGCCCGUGGUCCACGCGGCGCCAGUGGUCCAAGCCGCCCCAGCGGUGAUCUCCCACGCCCCCAUCGCCACGUACGCACAGUCGUUCGGUCAUGGCUGGGGUCAUGGUUGGUGA